AUGCGUUGGCUGAAGCGCCUAAAAGUGGCGAACCAAGUAGAAUUAUCAAAAUGUCCACUCCAACAUUUUAUUAAAUUCCAGAUUCGUUGCUACAGACCUUCCUAUCUGUUUAGCCGUUCCCUUGAUAAAGUUAGCCUAAAACAACUAAAAUGCUCCGGAUUGGAAAAGAGAGGGUUAACAGGUUCAAAACGAACAUGCCGUCAAAUGGACGGAUGCCCUUCAGUCUGUACAUGUACUCAAGUUGGGGGGAAUGUGUCAGAUAUAAAUAAUGGGGUAGAUGUAGUUGUUGAUUGCCAUGAUAGACAAUUACGUUCUGUGCCUGUUGGAUUGCCUCAAAAUACUGUUGAAUUAAGACUCGAGCAGAAUAGAAUAACACAAUUAGAAGCAAACUCCUUCUCUCAUAUGCCUAAACUUGUACGUCUAGAUCUCAGCAAGAAUAAUAUAAUUUCUGCAGACCCAGAAACGUUUAAAGGACUGAAACAGCUUAAUUCUUUGUAA